CCCACUUGUCAGUUAAGAGUCUUUGGGAAGAGACAGAAAGCACAGUUGUGGCUGUGGAAGCCAAAUUUUCAUUGUUUGGUGCUGCUUCUUGCACAGUGAAUGCCAGCUGCUCCUUGGUCAGCAUUCCAAUUGGCUUUUGAGUGGAUAAUUGUUGCAGAGAGAGAAUUCACUUUGGAAACAACUAGUGACUGUUUGAACUACUUAAAACACGACCAUGGAAAGAAAUACGUGUGAUUUGCUUUCUCGGAGCAAAAGUGCCUCUGAGGAAACACUACAUUCUAGUAAUGAAGAGGAAGACCCUUUUCGAGGAAUGGAGCCCUACCUUGUUCGAAGACUUUCAUGCCGCAAUAUUCAGCUUCCUCCUCUUGCCUUCAGACAAUUGGAACAAGCAGACUUGAAAAGUGAAUCCGAGAACAUUCCACGACCAACCAGCCUCCCCUUGAAGAUUCUGCCACUGAUAGCUAUCACUUCUGCAGACUCCAGUGGGUGAGUCCCUUGGGAGACAUUUCCCCAUUUUAUGUUUUAUGUGCUUAUUGUUACCUGUAGUCUUUUGAGUUUUGGUAGCUCCUUACUUGAUUUGAAUGAGAGGACAAUGGUCUUUAUAGAGUCAAAAAAUAAAAAAGAAACAAAAAGAUGAUUUUUCGAAGGUAACAUUAU